AUGGAUAUUUUAGCGUCACAGCAUUCCAAGAAAGAUUUUCGGUCGUUCUGGAAAUCUACUAAUAACAUGAAUCUUAGACCUGGAGACCCAGUGAGCGUUGAUGGCAAGAGUAAUGUGUACGAAAUAGCUAACCACUUCAAAGACCAUUUCUUUGUGAAGUCCCCUUUAGGACCAUCGCAGGCUGAGGUGAGCAAUGCUGAGAUCAAAAAUGACCGGGUGGAGCCUGGAUACACGGCUAAGCAAAUAACCUCCACUAUACGGUCUAUGUCGAGAGGCAAGUCACCGGGGCAUGAUGGUCUCAGCAUUGAGCAUCUUCAGAAUGCGGGGCCACACAUCUCAAGGGUGCUAGCAAUGUUCUAUACACUAUGUGUUAGACAUUGUUAUUUGCCCGAGGACUUAAUGAAAACCAUUGUUAUACCUGUAGUCAAGAGUAAAACGGGAGACCUAUCGGACUCUAGCAACUAUAGGCCCAUCUCUCUUGCGACUAUAGUGGCGAAGGUUCUUGACAGUGUCCUUAAUGCGCAGUUAAAUAGCUUAUGGAAGGAUUAUACGCAGCGAGCAUAUGGAGCCCUCCGAAUCCAAUAUAACAACGCGUUCCGGGUGCUGGUGGGGCUGCCCCGCUUCUGUAGCGCAUCUGGGAUGUUUGCGGAGGCGCGCAUGGAUUGCUUUUAUGCGACCAUACGCAAGCGAUGCUCAUCCCUGGUGCGCCGGGUGCGGGCCAGCCCCAACCCCAUCCUGCGUUCUAUCGCGGACAGAAGAGGGGCCAACAAUUUAGAAAAACUAGUGGAGACGGGAAAGGUCGAGGGUAAAAGAUCUAGAGGACGAAGUCCAAAGAGAUGGUCGGACCAGAUCUCCGAACAGCUGGAGUUACCUGUUACCACCGCCCUCCAUCAAGCAUCAGACCGAAACAUUUGGAGGCAAUUUAUAAAGCGCAAGUGGAGUCACGAUCCUCAGCAAUGGGGGAGCGAUUAA